GGUGGCGGUAGAGCAACACUUAACGAACCCGCUGCAGUUAAAUCUCAGUGAGGAAGAAGAUCUGAUCUCCAGGAAACAUGGCGCGGGUUGUGUGUUGGUCAGAGUCCCUCCUCUGCAGGAUCGGGAGGUGAGCGUUGUUGUCACCGCGGGACUCGAACCGAGAAACGGUGAGGGAGCCACGGUCGGGAGGAUAAGUCGCAGUCGGUUCGGUCCGUGUCCCGACAAUGGACGACAUCCUACCGCGAAGAGAGGCGGGUCGUCCGCGGAGGAGGAGGGGGUCUGCUGCUGCCUCGGAGCUCGGAGCUAACGCUAGCCUCCAAGACGUCGAGGUGGUCGAUGUGUACCCGACCAGAGAGCCUCAACCCUGGGCGGACAGACUAAGUGCCGCCGCAGGAAGGAUGGAGAUGAGGAACUCGGCACCUCAAAUGGUCCACCACCGGCAUAUGCCGAUGGGGCCCCUCAAGUUCCCUAUACCGAAAAAAACCAAGGAAAACCGAGCUCUCUUCCAGGACAUUUCCACAGAGUCCAGGGAAUAUGAGGACAUGAUGACUAUCCUGACCUCCAGCUACCUUGACACAACCUCUUCAGGCUGCUUCACGUACAGCAAACCAAGGCUUGUCCACAGUGAGCUGCUCGAAAAAGAGUUUGUGGAGAAGAGGAAGGAGAUGAAGACAGAGGGGAGGACAGACAAGGAGCUGGAGGAGAGCUACUGUUUCCUGUUAGCUGACUCUGCCAAGCUGCCCCAGAUCUGUGAGAAAGGCCUGUUGGUGAGUCAGAGCUGGAUAACGGUGCUGGGAAACCCAAGUAAAGGUGUGUAUCUGUCCAGGUACUCGGACCUGCUGCAGAUGAACGCCUUCACCCCUGGAGCCACAGGGGAGAUCAUCAUCUUCAAAGUGAUGAAGGGAAAAGUGAAGAGCAUCUAUGAAAACAUGAAGAACCUUCUCGACCCAACACCUCGCUUUGACAGCCACGUCUCCAAGAACGCCAGCAAAAUCACGUCGGUCAACUCCUACCGCGCCUUCGAACUCACACAGCAAUACUUCUACGAGUAUGAAUUUGAUGAGCUGCGGUCGCGGCCUCGCCAGGUGUGUCCAUACGCUGUCGCCACCUUUCAGAUUAAAGGAAAAGACUCUCCACUUCCCAGCAAACCGUUGGCACCCAUCAGGAUGAACAGUCAGUCAGUGGACGGGAGUAAAGAGCGUGCUCAGUUCACAGUGUGGGCUGGCGAUUUGGUGAAAGGUGACAGAGUUCUCUUCCAGAUCUCCCUGCGCUCCUUCUCUCCUCCCUUCUUGCCACACAGGCUACCAGAGAAGUUGGAAAUAAGUCACCUGCUGACGCUGGAACAGGUCACCAAGCUCCUCCCAUCCAGCCUGUUCUCUUACGACCUCUACAGCAGCAGCCAAGAAGUUGUGAGAGAUGGACAUUGCUGCAGUCUUCUCGAGGCGGUUGACAGGAAUCGCUCUACGACCAGUGUGACGAGUCUGCUGCAGGAACUGGAGCUGAAGAGAGUGGUUGUGGUGAUUCCACUCACAGAGAGAGGCUUUCUCUUCCUCCUGUCCAGCGUUCAGAUGGCCGCACCCACUGAGAGAGGCGAGAGCUGGAAGAGGAGUCUUCAGGCCUUGUUCGUGUUCCCAGAGACCAGAGAUAUCGCCAAAUCCACACCGCAGCGUGCCUCCUCUUCCCAUGACGCCUCGGAGUCACAGAUGUCUGGGGCCGUAGCGAUGCCGCGGCUGAACCAGUUCAUCCCGGCGCUGCACCACGCCCUGGUCAAAGCCCGCGCCAACCCCCCACCUGAGCUGUCAGCGGGCGUGGAGCGCCAGGCGCGAGAAUACCUCGUUGGUUUGAAAGACGGCAAGGUCCGACAGUACCCCAUGGGUGAGUACGACUCCAGACUGGAGGAAGGGGAAAACCAGUUUUCUCCCAAACAUCGGGCCAACGUGGACGGCUACCUGCGCUCGUACCUGUACAGCCCCGGCCUCUACCUGCUGUCGCUGGCCCGGGCCAAGCAGGUGGUGGAGGCUCACUGUGGCCCGGAGCAGCCGCAUCACGAGCUGAAGCCCAGGAAGAGUUGCGGAAGCCAGAGAGAGGAGACGGGGCACGAGGCGACAGCCAACGCAAGGGACGGGCAGAGCAACACUCAGAAGAUGCAGCAGCUGAUCGACCUCGUUUUGACCUGUAAGAGGAACGCAGAAAACGAGGUCAAGAGGGAGGAAGGAGAAGGACCGAAGGCGGCAGGAAGGAAGAGGAAAAUGGAACAGGAGACGGCGGAGAGGGCCCUUAAGUUCCUGAAAGCAUCGCAGGAACCCGGGAGACCCAACAAAAUCCAAGUCGAGGGAAGCCACAUCCCCUCCUCUCCUGUGUCUUUUGCGUCUGUGAUCGCCUCGGUGGGUUUGAGGGACGUUGAUUUGCGAGAAGACGGAUCUGAACUAGCAGCCAAACUCAUCAGCCUGCUGACAGGCCUCAACCUGGCUGCCAGGGGACUAACAAAUCCGAGCCUUUCAGACAUGCAGGAGGAGCGGCAAAGAGAGUCGUCUCCGUUCGACAGGCUGGCCACCAAGCUGGGCCUCCCACCCAACUGUGACAUUGACCUGAGGAAGCAGGAGGAGCUGGAGGAACAGACGGCGGGCAGCGUCAGCAGUUUGGAGGGAUUCAGUCCCGGCUCCCACAGCGGGGAGAUGAAUCACCACGGAGCAGCAGGAAGAGGAGGGACGGGGAGGAAAGCAGGAGUUUACGAGGAGGAGGGGCAAGACGGGGAGAUCCCGUGGGUCCUCAUCCCCAUAACAGGUCUGUGUUCGGAGCGGUACAACCACAGCGACAGGAACAUCCCUCAGGACCCCCGUUUCCACCACCUCGCCAUGGCAACAAGCAUCAGUACGACAACCAAGCCUCCCAGGCAGAGCCCCACCUUGUCUCCUGAUCCCAGCCCUCCUCUCUCCCCCUUCCAGUGUCCCUCCCUCGAGGCCAGCUCCCCUCCCUCCCUAUCCCAGUGCCCGUCACCUGACCCCAGCCCGCCGCCUUCCCCGUCCCAGUGUCCAUCUCCAGAGCCCAGCCCCCCACCGUCCCCGUCUCAGUGCCCGUCCCCGGAGCCCAGCCCCCCCCAGUCUCCCUUCAGGCCCCCGUCUCCGCAGCCCGCUCCCCUAGCAACGUCCUCUUCCCUGUGUGUGUUCCCUAAAACCAGCCCUCCCCCUUCUUUCUCACGCUGCCAGCCCCUGGAGCCUAAUGAGCUCAUCCCGCUUAAUAAGAACCAAAGUGGUGCUAACGAGGAACAGUUGGCACCAGAGUCCUCCAGGGAGUUUGCAGGAGUUUCCAUUUACAAGGAACAGAAAUCUCAGGGGAACCCAUCUAUUUAUUUAUCCAACCGUCCAUCCAACGCAUCAGCUCCACAGCGGAGGACUAACUCCUCGCCACCUCCCGCUGACUCACUUUUGAAGAACGAGCAAGAGAAACAGGCAGCUGAGAAAGGACAAACCAAGGGGGAGGUGACAGAUUCAUCUACUGAAAUGGAGCAAAGGGGGAAAGUGAAGGAACAGGUCGGGGUUUCUUUGUUUUCCCCUUCCGUCUCCUCCACUGCCGCGUGUCCCCGCAGAGACAUCGACAGCAUCGUCGACCAACAUCUGGGCGACUUCUCCUCUGACGUGCAGCUCCUCCUGCAGGAGGAGAGCGUCCACUACAGCUUCCCGCAGUCGCCGCACUCCACUUUAAACCCGGACGCCGCCGCGCCGCAGCACACGCUCCCGUACGUCUCCGUGGCCCCGUUCUCACAGUACGUGUCUUUCUACAACCCCUGUCCCGCAGUGCACGACUACGUGAGCUCACUGCAGGACAACAUUAACAACAUGCUGACGGAGUUUGAGGACACGUGGCCUCGCCAGAAGCCCGACGCGAGCCGGACUAGCGCCGACAGCACGUUGGCUAACACGGUCAGCGCUUUCGUGGCCAGCGUCCGAGCAGCUAACGCUAAAACGGACGCGGAGGACGAGGUCCCCGCUCCGUUCGGUGGACAGACGGCCGCCGACGGGCAAAAAAAAACUGAAGCGUGGCAGCCGGACGCAACAAACUGCAGAAGUUCUCCAACUUCUUACGUAUCUUUUUCCGUUCCUACCUCCGCGUCCAGCUCUGUCUACCAGUUGCCCAACACGGACGUCCCCUGUUCCCCUAACACAUCAGCUCAGUCCCAGUGGAAACCACAACGAAGUCAUUCUGUGACACAAAACACCGCCAGGGCUGGACACUGCACUGACGGCGCGGAAGGUCAAGCUACGAGCCGCGAUGCGAGUCUCUCAGGGUUCGGCGGUGUCUCUAAGACUUGGACGGACUCUCCCCACGCCCUCUCUCCCUCGGAGCCCGUCUCCAGCUCCACGUCCGCCUCCGUCCCAGGCGCCGUCCCCGCGCCGCCGGCCACAGCCCUGACCUCCCUGAUCAGCCAGCUGCAGCCAGAGGUGUUCAACAACCUGGUGGAGAUCAUCAAAGACAUCAAGAAGAACUCCCUGCAGUUCUACCUCCACUGCACCGAGCCAGGAGACCAGGUCUACGAAGACGUCAAGGAUCACCUGUUAAAGCAGGGCAACGUGGAGCAGAGUCCUGUUUCCUUUUUGAACCAAGAGACGUCAGACAGUCGACUGCUGGUCAUCAUCAAGAACAAGGACAUAGCAGGACACGUACACAAGAUCCCAGGCCUGGUGUCUCUGAAGCGACACUCGUCCGUGGCGUUCGUGGGAAUCGACACUCUGGACGACAUCAAGAACAACAGCUACAACGAGCUGUUUGUCUCCGGAGGCUGCGUCGUCUCAGACGAGCUGAUCCUCAAUCCUGACGUCAUCAGUCACGAUCGACUUGCUGCUCUGCUGAUGUUCCUGGAACAGCACAGUUCUCUGGACAGUGUGUGGAGGUGGAAGAUUCACUGCAAAACCCACAAAAAGCUGAAAGAACAAUCCAGGUUCAGGAGGGAUGCAGCGAACCUGCUGGAUUUGCUGUCGGUUUAUCAGAAGAGGCAGAUUGUAGAGUUCCUCCCAUAUCACCACUGUGACAUGAACAAUCACUCCCCAGACCUGGACUGUCUCAUCGAGCUCCAGGCCCGAUACACUCAGUACCGACACACCGUCUUCCUCACGGAGGACGGUUGUGAGAAGUUCUCCGCCUAUUCCAGUGGAGGAAUCAUUGUGGCUGGUAUUGAGGACAUUCUGCACAACUUCACCAGACUGGUUGGUUGCCAUGACAUCAAGGACAAGCAGCCAAUCAUAGACGAUCUGUUGGCUCCUAAAGGUCUCAGCAGACAGUUGAGUCACGGGGACUCUGUGUCUGGCUCUGAUCGAUCUCCCUCCAUCUUCCCAGAGCACCUCCCCUCCCUCUCCUCCUCCUCCUCCGGCAGCAGCCAACCACAGCACCUCCCCCCUCAGCCCAGCUCUGACCUCCCCUCCUCUCUCCCCCACACGUCCGACCAGCUCGUCCCGGACUCCUUCUGUAAGGACGGGGCGCCGCACCACUCGGAGACGGACUUCGAGGUCCUGCGUCUGGCCAUCUCUCAGCUCCGGGCCGAGCGUCAGGCUCAGCUGCACAACCUUCAGCAGCAGAAGCAGAAGUUGGAGUCUCAGGCAGAGCUCGAAGGCUUCCUCCCUCACCCCGUCUGUCCAGGCAGCCGUCCCACCUCCCCUCCUCUGGCUCAGGGACGUCCCACCUCCCCUCCUCUGGCUCAGGGACGUCCCACCUCCUCAGUCCAACUCACUCAGGGCAGGGAAGCGGUGUCGGCCACUCUGGAGUUAAUUCACUCUGUGCUGCAGCCAGAGCGGAUGGAGCAGGAGGAGGACAGAGACAACCGUCCCGCUGAGGGACACAGGAGGAGAGGGCGUCGGGACGGCUCUCUGCUGAUGAUGACGGGAGACGCGUCCGCUCUUUUUUCCCAUCGGACGAACUCCACCAGCGACCAGAGAGACACGAACUCAGAUCGACAGGGAGAGUUGAGAUUUUCAAAAGCAGCUCAGCAGGAAGCGACGUCCUCCGCCAACACGGCGUGUCCUGCAGCAGGACACAGGUCGAGAGAGACACAGGAACAGCCGCUAAGAGAAGAGGGAGCAUCACCGACGCCGGCCAACACCUCAGCUGCUGCUACCAAGGUAGCAGGAAGUGUCACCACGGCGACGGACCGGCAGCGACACCUGCAGCAGCCGAGACCGUCGUCGCUCCCCCACCUCCAUCCCCAGAGCCAGCAGCCGCGGGGCGUCGGCCUCCUGCAGCCUCCACACCUGCCUCCGCUCCACAGCCAGCAUUUCUCUGCAGGCCCCAUGCUGGGACCCCUGGCCUCCCUGGGGGGGAUAAGGGGGCUCCUGGGGCCCGCGCCCGUCUGGCAGGGUGGUUUGGGCCCCGCAGGUGCCGCCACCCUGGUCUGGGGCUUCCAGCCAACCGGCAGGGACUUGAGCGGGUCGAGGCUGCUGGGAGGGUACCACAGCUCUGCAGGUCAGGGCAGCGGCAGGUACAGGGGGGGCCAGCGAGGGGGCGGCUUCAAUGGGAUGUAACGUCAGCUGAACAGGUAGAAAACGGUACAACAGAACCAGACGGAAGACAGGAUGACAAUGUGGCGCCACACUGCAGCUCCAGAGCUUCUCUGUGAGUCUGGAUGUUUCACUCACUCAGGGUUCAUUAACUUUAAAAUACAAACUCGGCUCUAGUUGUUUCAUAUUAUAUUUAAGUUAGGAAAGAGCUGAUGUUGGAUUUAAAAUAAGAAAAACACGAUUUACGUGCUCCUAAACAACGGGUUCAAAAGAAUGUUAAUCAGGACGUUUAGAGCAGGUUCCUUUAGCUCAGCUACGUCACAUCAGGAGACAUUUGUUACACAGUGUUUGUGUAGCUGCUUGAAACGCCACAACAGGGAGACAAAUGUGUGACACCGUGGCUUUAAAUCUGAUCCAUGUUUUAAGGAUUUAAAGAACGAGUUCUGCUAAAUGGUUAAUCACAAACUGAAAAGAUGUGUGGGAAAAAAAUUAUUAUCUGAAAAAUGUUGUUUUUUUCCCACAUGAACCCUUUGAGACUUGGUCAGUUUCAGAUUUAAAAAGCUUUAAAUCUUCACAAUUAAGAGGUUAAAAGCAGCGUUUUGGGAAGUUGUCAUGGUAACUGAUUAUUUGAUUCAUUUUCGACACAACAGAAAUCAACAUUAGCUGCGACUGUCACACAUCUUCAUUGACAAACAUUUGUUGGCUUCACUGACUCACCUUGUUUCUCAGCCAGAUAUUUUCUGACAAUCUUGUAAUUUCUUGUGAACCCUUGAGUGACUGAAAUGUCAAAGAACAGGAAAAUGUCCCUGAAACUAGAUCAAAUAUAUGAGCAUCGCUUCAGUUCAGUUUAACUGAAAAUGAUCCCUUGGUUAGUUUUUAUUAAAACUCUGCAGACUGAGUCCUCAUAGAAGUUUGUGUGCUUGCAGUGUGUUGGGCCUCAUUGUAGAAACCGGUUUAAUUUCGUUGAGAGACGAGGUGGUUUCGCAGCUUUUAGACGUACACAGGAGAUUUAAUAAAAAAAAAAACACAAAAAAAAAAAAAUGACCACGAUAGUUUAUUUAAAUUUAGACAAGAGAAAAAGAAGCAGAUUCACACUGAGAUGUACAUAUGUUAAUUUCUGGUGUUCAGGUUUAAUCUGUUCAGGAGCUUUUUAGUAGGACUUCUCUUUUAUUACCGUGCACUGCUCUUCAAUUCCCAGCUUUCAUGAAUGCACCAAAACCCAGACAGUUCAUUUCUCCGGGAAAGGAGAGAGUUUCUUUUCUUUUCCGACACAGAAGUAAAUUUUUCUUAUUUCUUAAAGGCGUUUUCUACAGCGACGACGUUAUUUGUGGGAGCUGACACUGUGAGAAAAACAAAAAAAAAAAGACAGACUGCCUUAAACGUCUUCCAGUGGACACUGUUUAUAUCUUGUAAAAAGACAUUAUUUUUUUUGUACUGAACGUUUGGUUUGCUACCCUGUGUUGAGUCUGUUGUAUGUAGGUUGAGACUCUGUAACUGGUUUUAACUUGAAAAUCAUUUUCUAUGUUGUUGUUGUUUCUUUUUUUUUUUUACAACAGGUUUUUGUAUUAAAACUGCCUGCACAAACGA